UUUAUUUGCAGAUGUUGAGGGUGGGAUGCAGAGGUGCCUCCCUUUCGGAGGAGUAGACUGAUCUGAUCUUAGACAUCCAAAAAAGAGGCAACAUUUGCAAAGGAAGGGGAUGGAAAAGCCCUUUUUUUCCUUUUUGUAAUGACAGCCCGCCCAUCCUCUUGGAUAAGCAGCAUAGAAAGGCAUGGAUGAGAUGCUCUCCAAAGAAAAGAGAGAGUGGAAAGACGAAGAAGAAGGAGGAGAUUGAAGGAGGAUUCACUUUGCUUUGGUCAUUUUUAAGGGGUGUGUGGAGAGCAUCCCAGAUGUUGGACAGAACCUGAGCCCAGACUGUCCCUUCCUCCCCUCUUUGGAGCGCAAACAGAUCCCGCUCCAAAAACCAUGAUCUCUGCAAAGGACAAGCCAAAGCCUCCUAAAGACAGCAUGACGCUCUUGCCCUGCUUCUACUUUGUUGAGCUGCCCAUUGUGGCCUCUUCCAUUGUGACUCUCUAUUUCUUGGAGCUGACGGACCUCUUCAAACCGGCCAAGAUGGGCUUCCAGUGCUACGACCGAGCCCUUUCCAUGCCGUACGUGGAGACCAAUGAGGAGAUGAUCCCGUUGUUGAUGUUGCUAAGCCUGGCAUUUGCUGCACCUGCCGCCUCUAUCAUGGUGGGUGAGGGCAUCGUGUACUGCUUGCAAUCCAAGACCAAAGGCCGCAGCAGCUCCGAAGGAAGCAUCAACGCCGGCGGCUGCAACUUCAACUCCUUCCUCCGCAGGACGGUCAGGUUUGUGGGUGUCCACGUAUUUGGCCUCUGUGCCACGGCUCUCGUGACGGAUGUGAUCCAGCUGGCCACGGGGUACCAUGCCCCAUUCUUUCUGACCGUGUGCAAGCCCAACUACACACUCUUGGGAAUCUCCUGCGACUCCAACCCUUAUAUCACGCAGGAUAUCUGUUCGGGUCAAGACCAGCAUGCCAUCCUUUCAGCCAGGAAAACCUUCCCUUCCCAACAUGCUACCCUUUCUGCUUUUGCUGCCGUCUACGUCUCGGCAUACCAUGCGGUGGGCAAUUUCCAAGCCCUGACCAAGAAGGCACCAUCCAAUCCCCCCGCCAAGGAUGCGCUGAGAGCCCUGACCCAACGUGGCCAUGACUCGGUGUACCACCAAAACAAGUCGGUUAGCACAGAUGAGCUCAACCCACACCAGACCCACCUGGAAGGCAUGAACCGGCAGGUUCAACGUGAGAAAAACUCUCUGGGAAGCCUCAAACGGGCCAGUGUUGACGUGGACCUCUUGGCACCCCGUAGCCCCAUGGGCAAGGAAAACAUGGUCACCUUCAGCAAUACUUUGCCCCGGGUCAACACGCCCUCCAUGGAUGACCCGGCCCGCCGCCACAUGACCAUCCACGUCCCUGUGGAUGCCUCCCGAUCCAAACAGUUGAUCACUGAAUGGAAGCAGAAAUCAGUGGAAGGCCGCGGGAUGACCUUAGCUGAGGAAGUUGCCCGGCGUGUCGGCUCUGAUUUCUUGGUGGGAGACGAGGAGGAGCACAUCCUGCCAUCCUUGUACCCCACGGUCCAGGCCCGAACAACUGAGCGGGCCUCCAUGGGUCCCCGUGUCCUCAUCCAGCCAAGACCAGGGGCGACACAGCUGGUCCACAUACCUGAGGAAAGCCAAGGAAACACCAGCGCCAACAUUUCUCCCAAAAGCAGCUCCGCUGUACGGGCCAAGUGGAUGAUGAUGGCAGAGAAAGGGGCCGCCCAACGCGUCGCCAACCCGCCCCGGCUCAUGCAGGUCAUUGCCAUAUCCAAGCAGCCAGGCAUGGUGUCAGUGACCCCGAAGCACUCCGAGACAUCCUCUUCCUCCACCAGCUCCGAUUCCUCCCAAUAUCGCUCCCCAUCUGAAAGAGAUAGUUCCAGUGUGGUCACCAUCGAUGCUCAUGCUCCGCACCACCCCAUUGUACACCUGUCAUCUGGGAAUGGACCCUGGGAAUGGAAAGCCACCCAGAAGCCCUCCGAUGGGCAAGACACGUAUGAGCUCAACGAGAUGGGCAAGGAUUACCGGGGUUUCCGGCCAGCCAAGAGUGCCGGUGUGUCCCCUGGCUCUUCUGUUAGCGAUAUCGAACAGGAUGAAUCCCGCUAUGGUAGUGUGGCCACCAUCAAUGUGGCCGCUGGGGUGGGUGCAGCGGCUGUCAUGGUAUCAGCGGAGAGCAUCCCCGUCAUGGAGAAUGUGCUGGGUGCCGCCAGCCGAGAAUUGACACUCCGGAGAAAGCCAAGCAGUCUGACCGUGGCUGAAAAGGAAGGACAGGCGGAGGAUACCGAGAACAUCUACAAGAAGAUGCAAGCCAACCGGCGAUUUAAGGAAUAA